AUGGCUGAAGUCCAACUUAUUGCCACCCUGCGACCGGCCCAUGGUAAAGAGACUGAGCUCAGACACCUCCUUUGCGACACGGCACGUCUUGUGGAGCAGGUAGAACCAUCGUGCAUGGCAUUUCUAUUAACAGAACAUCAUCGAGUAGAUGGUACCUUAGAGUUCAAAGUCAUCGAAAGGCAUGUAUCAUGGGCCGAUACCAAUGCCCUUGAGCACCACCAUAGUCGUCCUUGGCUCCUCCAGAUGUAUUCAACAUUUUCGGAGAAGCAGCUAUUAGACGGUCCAGAGCAGAUUGAGAUGCUGACAGUUAUUGCUGGAGCACGGCUGGAUGACUACCAACAAUCGGGGGUAUAUCCUGACUACAAGAAGCGUCAUUGA